CGUUGUGCUUCGGCGCUGACUUCCAGGAAGCACGAGGUCAAGUGUCAUCGGUGUUAUUAAUUCAGGUGUUCUCAGCUGGCUCUGUCGGAAGUGUUGACCUGCCGAGGCUGUCCUUCAUGAUCUUCAUUGGAUUCUAAAGGCUAUAUAUUGUCGCAACAGUCAGUGAUAGUAACUUUGUAUGUGAGGAUUCAGGUCGAUUCUAAAACAAUUCGGGGACCAGUUGUGCGUGGCGCCAUGUCUGAGUUUGUUGUGCCUGAUCCUGAAGAACUGUUAGAGUGUCCCUAUGACAAGGUCCACAUGGUGCGAGCUAAACGAUUCCAGUACCACCUCAUGAAGUGCCGCAAGAACUGGCCUGGAUCAGAGUUUUCGGUGUGUCCGUUUAACGCUAAGCAUGAGAUGCCGAAGCCGGAACUUCGAUACCACAUGGCCAGUUGCUGUGACCGAGCAGUGCUGGAGAGAGACAUCGCUUAUGAGAAGAGCAAGAUGAAUGGAGAAGGGACAUUCUUCAAGGGAUGCACAGACGUGCCGCCAUACACCAACCACCUGGCCUGUGACGAGAGCUGGGAUAUGGAGAUGAAUUCAUGUCCAAGGAUUGGUGUAGACCCAGACUUCUUCGACAAGUUCAAGUUUAUCAACCUGUCGGGAUAUGCCCAGGCACAAAAGCGUCAAUAUUACGAGAAUCUCAAGUCUGAGUUUCAAGGACAGACAGUCAAGAAGCCGCUUGCUGGCAAAAAUCCAUCAGGCAAACUACGGCUUCCACAAGAAUCCUCCAAGGCCUCCAAGUUGUCUGAACAUCAGCAGCCCGUGCAACACCCUGCCAACGUGUUUGCCUACUCCCUUUCCAUGGCGGGCCUGGGUCGAGGGAGGGGCAAGUCUGCAGUGGAUGCUCAGCCAAUGGGUAUCAGCAACAUCUUCAACAUGGGCAUUGGGAGGGGGCUGCCUGCACCAGGUCUCAGAGAUUUGCUGGAAAUCAAGACCUGUACUGUGCCUAAGUUUGUGGUUCCUGCGGUACAGCCAACAGGGGCCGGCAAUGUAGCCCUGUACCCAGCUGGACAACAUAACGCCACCCAGCACAGUCCACCAGAUGAUCCUGACACAUCUAUUGAACCAGAAGACAACAUCACAAACACAGGAAGUGGAAUCAAACAAGAUGAGAAUUCGCCGAAGAAACUAGCAGUGGAGUACCUGAUAUGACCAAGCUCCUACACAUGCUCCUCAAGAAUCCAGGGACAUCUUCAGGAAGCUGGGCGUUCAUACAAAGUCAUUCUAUAUGUGCCAACAGGGCAUAGUGCUUUAUUUCUGUCUGUUUUUGUUCUUAAUGCCAUUUGACAAAAUGUUCUAUUUGGACUGUUCUUUUAUCUAUAUUUGAAAUACAAAAAAUAUGUAUACUUUGUUCAGAAACUUUAUCAUUAGCAAACGUGCCCAAAAGUUUACCAAAUAAAGGCACAAUGAUCUCAGAUGACAAAGACAAAUGAUUGUUUUGAGACUAUGUACUGCAAUACAUUCUAUUAUUGACAGUUGUAUUUAUUAGCAUGAAUAGUGCUCUGCUGAACCAGCGUUUUUGUUUCAACUUUUCGUUAGACAAGGUGAUUUAAGCAAGACCAGUUAAGCCAGUAAGUUAAGUGAAACUUAAGUUCAGUGAAGUUUACAGAUAUUUAUGCCAAAAAUGCUUGUAAGAAGGGGGAAGGGAGAGAAAAGAAAAUGUAUAAAGAGAAAAGUCUAAAUAUAUUAUGGCUUUGUGCCUAACACAAUAUUUUUGUUUUUUGUUCAUCUUUUGGGGGUUCACUUUCAAUUUUGUUGGGAGUGGGUAUGAUGUUGUUUUGCUACAGCUCUUGUCUUUCCUGUAGAAACUUGGAGAGAAUUUUCAGAUAAAAGGAAAAUGUUAACGAACACCAUUAUUAGUUCUUUUUUUUUCAAACAUACGAGAUACAGAUGGUGUCUUAUUGUAGCAGAAAGGGCUUGCAUCAUUGACCGAGUGUCUCACGAGUCAAGUGAUGAUUUGUGGGGAUAUAUUUAUGGGAAACAGUAGUAGCAUAGAUUUGUAAACACUUAACAGAUUGAUAAGUAAGGCGAACAAUUCAGCAGCGGUCAUCGUUUAGGCAGUUUUCUGGUGUUGAACUUGCAGCUGGCAAUAUAAUAAUUUCACUGUCAAUUGUUUCCGUAUCAGUCACAAUGUUAAUGGGGGCGGUCGGGUAGCCUAGUGGUUAAAGCGUUCGCACGUCACACCGAAGACCCGGGUUUGAUUCCCGACAUGGGUACAAUGUGUGAAACCCAUUUCUGGUGUCUGGUGAUAUUGCUGG